CUUGGCCUCUGAUUGGUUGUGUCCCCGGCUAGGACUUUUCGCCCAGUACUAAUGUUGUUUGAGCAGCCGCGUACCUGGUUUUCUGCGUUUCCAGGCUUCAGUAAGCAGGCGAAAUGAAAGCAGUUUGCGUUCUCAGAGGCGCUGGGGAAGUGACGGGCACUGUGUUCUUCGAGCAGGAGAAUGAGUCCUCUCCUGUGAAGGUCACCGGUGAAAUCAAGGGCCUCACCCCAGGCGACCAUGGUUUCCAUGUGCAUGUUUAUGGGGACAACACCAAUGGCUGCAUUAGUGCCGGCCCACACUUCAAUCCUUUCCAGAAAACUCACGGGGGUCCCACGGAUGAAGAGAGGCAUGUUGGUGACCUUGGUAAUGUGACUGCUGGAGCUGACAACAUAGCCAAAAUUAACAUUGAGGACAAGGUUAUAUCCCUGCUUGGACCAAACUCGAUCAUUGGACGGACAAUGGUGGUCCACGAGAAGGCAGAUGACUUGGGCAAAGGGUGCAACGACGAGAGUAAGUUGACGGGCAAUGCUGGAGGUCGUCUUGCCUGCGGUGUGAUAGGCAUUGCUGCGUAACCACCGUUGUAGGAGUACUGGACAUGCCACAGGGCAUGGCAUAGGCCGGUAUGGGUGCCCUUGUAAAAUUCCAUUCUGUUUCUUGAGGCUCCAUCACCUUCCUUCCUACAGAAGAUGAGCCAUAUUAUAGAUAAAUGGCUAAUAAUAGUAAAUCAGUUCUGUACUGUGCUGUCCUUGUUUCAUCUCUGUAUCAAAAUCAGUUUUCUUUUUGAUAGUGGUGCCCCUGCAAAAUAAAAUGUUGUUUGCAAC